GCCACAUGAACCCCAACUGCUCCGGCUGCGCUGGCAGCACCUGCACCUGCACGGACUCCUGCAAGUGCAAAGACUGCGAAUGCGGCUCCUGCAAGAAGAGCUGCUGCUCCUGCUGCCCCACAGGCUGUGCCAAGUGUGUUCAGGGCUGUGUGUGCAAAGGGGCGUCGUCGGACAAGUGCAGCUGCUGCACCUGAGAUGGGGGGCGAGAAGGGGCCCCUGAUGUAAAUAGAACAUUCAUGUGUGCCCCCCCUUCUUGGAUGCCCUC